AUGAAACUUCUUCUUUUUAUUAUAUUUGGAGCUAUAAUAAUGAUUAAUGGUAAUCCACUUAAUCGCGAAUGUAAAUGCAAGGCUGUUUCAAAUACAGUUCAUUUUCCAUUUCAUUCAUGGGAUAUAUCAUCAUGUAAAUUAUGCUCAUGUAAUGAUGCCGCUAUGGUCAAUUGUGAAAAAGCAUGUAAAGCUAUGAUUGAAUCUUAUUCAUUAACUGGCUGUGGAAAAGUUAUUAAAGGUAGCAAAGUGAAAUAUUCGUGGAGUGCAGGUUCAUGUUCAGAAGGUGUCAGCAAAGUCGAAUAUACAUGUGCUUAA